ACAUCAAUCACACUGAAACGCAAUUGACUAUUAUUGGAACGAUUGCAAAAUUCCCCCGAUUACCACUUAUCGAAGCCAGGUUUAUAAACAGCCGAUCAAAACAAUUUCGAUAGUGUCCAAAAUGAAGUUCGCCGCCUUCCUUCUCCUCUCUUCGUUCGUGCUCGCUCAGAGCGCCGUUAUCAACAACCCUGAGGACGAGCUCAGGCGCAGCGCCAGCUGCCUGCAGCGAUCAAGGGUCAGUUUCAACGCGAUAAAGGGGAUCCAUACGGGCCAGUUUGAUAACGACCAGAGUCUGAAGGAGUAUUUGCUGUGCAUCAGCAGGGUGGCGGGAUACAUCAACGAGGCGGGGUAUCUGCAAAGGGACGUGAUUAGGGUGAGGCUGAAGGGCGGGCACUACAGCGACGACACCAUUGAGGAACUGGUGCAGAAGUGUACGGAGAACAAGGAGACUCCGGAGCAAACGGCCUUCGAGUUUAUGAAGUGUGUGCAUGUGGUUACAUUCCAGACAAAAUAUGCCUGAUAUGUUUGAUAUUUGUUAAAAAUAAAAGUUUGAUAUUGAUAAAA